AUGCCUGACAGCUAUAAACGCUUGCUUCCGGCACCUAUGCCUCCUGGAUCGUCCCAGGCAAGUCUGUCGGAUUAUUCUCUCCAGAGCGAAAACGGUCGGCCUGUCAAGAAACGCAGUGUCUCCAAGGCCGCCUGUAACAACUGCCGUCUUAAGAAAACACGAUGCGAUGGGAAUAGGCCGGCCUGCACGUCGUGCUCCAGAGCCAGUAUAGACUGCAAUUAUGUAACCGCUAGCAGUGACGAAACCCCCUUCAUGGCGCUUAAGAGGGAGGUCGAGUCCCUGAGGAGGUCCACCGAAGACUUGUUAGAGCUGUUCCACUUGCUAGAAUCGGCGCCCGACGUAAUUACUAUCGAUAUACUGAGACGGAUAAAAUCUACCGGAAAUCCAAACGAGGCAGCGAACGAUCCUUCCGACGUUUUGUGGGCUGUCAAGAAAGUUUUGGAAGACGAACCCCUUUUACCCGUGAAGUUGUCUAACCGACAACUCGUGACCGGCCUCAUCCCCGAGACCCAACAAACCCCCGAAUACGAGCUCAUGAUGCGUUGUCCUACCACAUACCCCAUGCUGGUUCCGAUAGAGGCAGCUUUCCUCAACAUUGCCGAUCUCAUCCGGCCCGCUACCUUCGAAGCAGAAAAACACCCGAGUUGCGCGGCCCAGGGAGACACCCUGUCAUCCUCGGCUGUCCCGGUGUUUCUAGGGACAGAUGGAUCAGAUUUGGGAAGCUUUGAGCCCCUGGUGUCUAUGUACACGGUAAUAGAUGACCGACUGAAGGACUUGGAUAUUCAGAAGUGGACCGCGGUGCCUAUCGCGAACGAAUUAGCUGCCACGCUUAUCUCGCUCCACCUCGAGGUUGAGAACCCGUGGUGCCCUCUGUUCGAUGCCGAUCUGUUCCUGGAAGAUUGUUUGCAGGGGCGGACCCAUUUCUGCUCUCGUCUGCUCGUGAGUGCCCUGUUAAGUUGGGCGUGUCAAUGCUACGCAAGCCUACAGCCAGAGGCUGCAGGCUUUGUCUCGGCCUUCGAGCUGGAAGCUGAACAGUUGUGGUCGGUGGAAAAGUUCAAUAAUACGUUGACCGCGGCGGCAGCAUCCCAACUGCUGAGCAAUACGUCGGAAUCCCGAGGGCGUGGUGAAUUUUCGAAGCAAUGUCGUGAGGAAGGAAUUCAGAUGGGGAAGCGAAUGGGCCAAUGCAUCUGCCUUGACUUGGUGGGACUAUCAUCAAGAUUGGUUGAGAGCUGCUUGCCAUACCUCGUGGGGGAUAUUCUCGUGCGCCUGCAACUACUCAUAGUCAUGGAUGGCAGUACGCGUUCUCUACAGUCUUACCGAGCAGAAAUUGAAGAGCCGCCUCUGCUUCCUAUGCCCGGGGAGUAUCUUAAGACGCGUGGAUUUGCCCACGGUACUCGAGCUCAACCACCUAUUCAAGUUGGAGACACCUUCACCAUUAUAUGCAGACUCAGCCUAAUCGCGCACGACAUUAUUUGGACCUAUUUCGGCAAAAAUGGCCAUGUUCCUGCUGAUCGAGCCACGGUUGACUUUGCUGAAACAGCCUUCCAGAGACUAUUUGACUGGGCGAUCUCACUUCCUGUCGAACUUUCUCCAGGGAGACGCAACCGACAUUCUGCUCUAGCGUUACACCUUUACUACCAUUGCAUUGUGAUGCAGCUAUUCUGGCCGUUUCUGCAACAGUCCGGUGAUAAGGCGAUCGUGGUGAAGCAGCUUACCUCGGGCGUCGUUACCGUACAAGGCAUCCACGAGGCGUCGGUGAAUCAACUUAAGAGACUUAUUCUUAUCUACUGCAUCGACCUGGACAAAGCGUGUCUGUCGGCAUUGUGGAACACUGCGCUUCUCUACCUGGCGAACGCCAUGCUCUGCGAAACACAUCGGUCAGGAAAUAUGCGGGACCCCGAGUGCCGAUUCUACUUCGCGCUCUGUGUAGCCGGCUACGAAAACAUGUGUAUGGCGCUACGCAACGGGUUUUUGUCUACUCCCGAGGCCAACGCCGUCCUGAAUUCCAUAAAGGCCAUCGGCGGUCGAUACGACGCGGACACUGCCGCUCGAGGGACAUUUAUGGUGGACCUCGAACUGGCAAUGACGAAUCCGACGGAGGCGCAGGUACAGACUCUGGCAAACGCAUUCCACGAGAUGGCAACCUUUCGGGAGUUCACCACUGGUGAGCUCCGGUAG